UGCGGUUCAAGUCAUCCCUUCACCUAUACACCCUUCGAGGACAGCUCCCUCUAUGGCAUUUAAAGCUCCGCUGUUAUGAUGGAAAUCGGCGACUCGGGACUUCAACUGACUGCUAGCAUCUCGAACCAGCAAAGGAAUAUUUUAAGCGCAAAUCCAUUCGAUGACAGUGAUGAAUCAAGUAAUGACAGCGACGUGACUUGGUCCCCAGGUGACAGGGUCUGCCCGACAGCAGCACAUUUCAACCAUUGCUGCCAGUCAAAGAUCGACGACUGGCAGAACGCCGCAUCUACACGCCUAGAAGGCACAGAGUCUCUCCAUUACUACAUAACAGCUUUCUUAGACCUCCUCAAAGAUGUCCCUUCGUUCUAUGCCUGUCCCCCAGGGGCUGUCCAACUAACGACAGAAGACUCGAACUGCGAGCAAGAUCACAAGUUCAUCGAUUAUCUCCAGUGCUUCGGAAGCCCCGCACCUGUAUUUUACAGGACGAAAGCUGAGACCCAACCAGAAGUAUCUAUUCCUACUUGUGCCAGGCCUCUUCGCUCUGGAUUCCUUACAAGCAUUAUUCUGGCCUGGUCAUACAUCAUCUCCUGCCGUUGGGUGGAGAUAUUACAACGGGCAGGCGAGAAAAGCCAAAUCCUGCAUGAUCAAGGCAUGCAGAUCGAAGAAUCCUUUUGGGACAUCGCCCGAGUUGAAAAUCAGAAAGACGCUUUGGAUCCUUCUAGACGUGAUUGGAAACUCGCUAUACCAAAUUCUUUCUUCGCAUUCAGCACUCUUCUAGACUUCUGCGCAUCAAACGGCCUGGAAGGAGAGUUUCUCACAGGGUUUGCUUGUGUUUUAAUUUCAACCUCACGGCACGCGCCUCCACCUAAACUCGCUCCUCCUACAAUGAUUCCGGCAGUCCCUAUGCACUCUCCGCCAAGUGCAAAAGGUACGAUGCUCUUUGAAUUGUUUAAAUCUGUCGAGAAUUGUAUCUCUCUGAGCUCAACACAGGAUGCUCUGGAUUCAUUGCUCUGCAGCGCCUUUUUCGACCCAUGUGUUCCAUGUAAUUUGUUUGGGGCCGCAUCAUUGGGAGUGAGAAAAGCUCUCUCCACAAUGGAGGAAAUCGAUAAUCGACAGUUACUCUCUGCAAUCACCAACAAGAAACCUCAAUCGAGUCUUCUAUGGGCUGCUGCAGUGUGCAACGGCCAGGCAACCUCGUUCCUGAAUUUGAGUCUUCACAGUCUCCCGCCUAUAUGUCUAGUUGCCGCCUUCUGGACCAAUACAAUCCAAUCCUUCCUUCAGAUAGCGUACAGUGUACGUGACUCAGAAGAAUCCAUUAUAGCCAGAGCGAAUGAGUUUCGGACUUCCUACUUCUGCUGGCCCGAUUUGUUCGUGCCAUGGUCGCCCGCACCUCCUUUCGGUACAACGCCGGUUCAUAAUCUCAGCCUGGAAGUAAGGGCGCACCUUGAACACAUGCACGUGCCUCUUUCUUGGAAAAACCAUUGGUUAUUAGACUCGGGAGAAAGAAUUCCGGCAGGCUCGCAGCAUGACCUUGAGGUUGUGAAGGCUGACGGUCUCUGUCAUUCUUGUCCUGCGGGUCAAAGCAAUGACACGCCUCAUCCUGAACGGUAUACUGCUGAUGAGCAAUCGGGGUUUGCAACAUCGCGCUUAUUUAACUGGCAUAGAGGCUACGACGACGGCAUUUGGCUCGAUGAUGGUAAAGCGAACAUCGAAAGCGUUCGUCAACUUCAGAUGCAUCCAUGAAUUAUUGACCAAUUCGAUGAUCGAGGCGAUGAGCCAGUUGAGGAGCCUAGACACCGUGGGGUCUCUGUUGAGCGUAUCCUGCGGUGGAACCAGGAGGUUCAA